AUGGCCGGCGUGCAAGGCAACAUCCGGUCCUUCAUUGCGCCGAUCAAAGGAGCCGGUGCGUAUACACCAGGAAUUGGGGAUUCUUGGAAGAGAAUGUGUGAUAGUAAUUGUUCCGCAACAGGUCGUACUGCUCCGGCACUUCUUGAAGAUCUCACACUAUGCGAACCAUGGCAGAUUCAGCCGGAUGCCCCAAACCUAUUAGCUGACUCUCCCCUGCGGCUGUCCCAGGCAAGAUACCUUGGAGAUUUGGUAUCUCUUCAGAGUUGCAGACAUAACUUCGCUUUGAAACCAAGGCAAUCGAGACCUCCUGUGCUGGAUGAGAGGCCUGGGCCAGAGACGAUAUGGACGGUAGCCGCAUUCUGUCAAGUAUGCCGUCUGCAUGUCCAUGUGAAGGUCGAUUACACCAUCCGGUUUGAGGAUGCACCUUGUCCGAAUGAGCAUCAUCCGUUACAUCAUCUCGUCAGGUCGGAGUUUCAAGAGCCUCUGGAGAGGAAUGCGUGGAGGCGUCAAUAUCCAAACUCACAAGAUGAAAUUUACACUUACAAAUGCUCUUCCAAGACCUGCUCGGCGACCGUUACGGUGCGACUGAGUCCGCCCGUCCUCCGGCCUAGUGAUGUGCUCACACUGGUUGACCCGGAUCUGCUCAGACAGAGGACUGAAGAUGCAUUCCGAACGAGAGGGGGAAGCACUGAAGGAAUGAAGUAUCCGGUUCCUGUCGAUGUAUUAUCCGACCUUCGAGCCUACCUGAAGAACUCGUGGAAAGCAAAAGAGGAUCCAAAAUAUCGAGCGAUCAAUAUUGCGAAUCGUAGGUUUGCUGUCCGCUUUGGCCCGGAUGGCAACGCCUGCAAAGACGUUCUGGAGCGAUUAGGGUUUCGUCUUGUGCCAGGCGACUCUUGGAGGGUGCCAGAGCCGGAUCUGGACGAUAGCCAGCCGCUGCAGAGUGCCAUCAACAUCUGGCUUGACAAUGCCGAACACGAACUGGUGACCCUUAUAUUUUCACAGCCAGAUGAGGACAGGAGCCAGUUGCAGGAUACCGCACCUCCAGAAUCUGCCGAGCUUGAGCUUUCUCGUCUUCUCGGUUGUCAAGAUUGUGAGUGGACCACAUUCAACCAGAGAACACCUUUUACGGCCCUUGGCUGUCCGAUGGACCUUUCCGACCAGUUGGUCGCGAAGGCAUAUCACUGGCAGGUCGAAACAGACUCUCACAAUGGGCCAAUAUACCUAACCCAUCUCCAACACAUUGCGCAACACCGAACGAGUGAGCUUUUAGAGACUGAGGUGGUGUUGGAAACAUCAAAAGGCCGUUUUGACGCUGAGACACUGGACAAGGCCUAUAAAGCCUUCCAUUUCACUGGGCCCGACUGGGAUGGUAAAGUCACCGAUAACGAUAUCAUUGGUGCCUUCACCGCCAUGAUGGCAGAUUCUCCAAGUCACGAGCAUGAGUUGCGGGAGUACCUCAGGAUCAUUGGCACCCACCGGAAUAGCAAGACGAUCGUCGAUAUUGCGCAGAAUGUUCUUGAGACUUACGAACAAGCCCUUGCCUUUCUCGACGCCGACCCUACGACUGAGGAUGAACAUAUCCAGGCUCUGUUUACUGUAAAGACAAACGACAACAAAAGCUUAGAGGACCAAGCCAUCAAAGCAAUCAGCUUGAUUGCACAACACCGCCAAAGUCGCUUGCUCUCCAGUUGGAUCGAGUCAGGCUUCACGAAUCAGGAAGCCAUGGAUCCAGCUGAAGGCUACCAAGCUCUGCAAAUUUCAAAUCGCGAAAUCGAUGAUGAGAUGAUCAUGCUACAGUACAAUAUGGCCAUUGAGGAGAACCCAGGCAGCAUCGAUUUCUACAAUAAAGCACUCGCUGCCAUUGCAAAUGGACGAGGGAGUUCUGUCCUUUUAGACCAUCUACAGCGCAGGGCCCCUCAAGUUCCCGAGGGCACUCUGGAGGAGCCAGUGGGACUCGAAAAUAUCGGAAACACCUGCUAUCUGAACAGUCUGUUGCAGUUCCUGUUCACGAUGAUUCAGCUACGACACAUCGUGCUCAACUUCGAUGAUUAUAAGAUGCCACUAGAUGAGAAGAGCAUGGAGCAUAAACGGGUUGGGCAGCGGAAAGUCAGCGUCAAAGAGGUUCAGACGGCCCAGAAAUUUGUGGCAAGCCUCGCCUCACUCUUUCGUGGCAUGAUCGAGACACCACAGUCGUCAAUCAGACCAGAUCAAGAGCUUGCGCGUCUAACACUUGAGACUGAAAGCGUCAAGGAAAAGAUGCGACGCAGAUCAACUCUAAAGUCGUCGGACCGACCGAGUUUAGGUGAUCUUGAUUCACGAUAUACUCUUGGGCCUCUGACCUUGGCUGAGUACGAGAAAAAUGACUUUGGGAGCGGUGCAAUAGUGCAAACCCCUUUCCAGACCGAUGACCUCAGUGACCCGAUCGGCAACGUCGAUCUUUCGAACGAGAACCAGGCAAAUGUAGAGGAGACAGGCCAAGACGAGACUGCGGAUAUAGCCAUGGAUGACAACUCCAGUGAAGCGACGCUUGUGUCCCGGGCAGACAGUAACAAUGUCAUGUCUGAUGCCGCUAUUGUCCCCACGAAGCUCUCGAUAUCGGAUGACAAAGAGAAUCAAGCCCCGGAGGCGAAAGCCACCACUUCUAGCCAAGGUGCUUCAUCGACAUCGGAGCCUCUUGCCCCGGCAUCGCCGUCCAGACUGAAUGUCCAAGCUGGAGCGAAUGCCACUGCCCCUGACUCCGAUCAAGGUGUGGCCAAAGCAGAGCCGGUCAAAUAUCAGCCUCCUCCAGACAAACCGCCUCCAGUCCCUCCAAGAAGACCAAUGCAGACCAGCACUUCUACUCUCGAAGAAUACGCCCGCCAACAAGAUGUUACCGAAGUCAUGAACCAUUGCAUCAUUCAACUAUCCUGUGCGAUGCGUCCCACUGGCUCUGACAAAUCCGGCGAGCAAGAAGACGAAGUGCAUGAUCUCUUUUUCGGCAAGGCAAUCAUCCACUCACGACCUGAAAAAGAAUCGCCACAACCGGUGUCAUUCCUCAACAUAAUCACAAGGGUUUAUCAUCAACCUCAGGACGUCUAUGCCGCUAUCGACAAUGAAUACGAUCUCCAGGAUGCUCAAGAUGGCACUCAGUCCUACACUUCCAUUGCGCGUCUGCCUCCGGUGUUGAACAUUGCUCUUGACAGAGUUGCGUGGAACCAACAGGCAAAGCGCCAAGAAAAGCUCAAUCAUCACGUUGAAGUCCCGGAGACAGUAUACAUGGAUCGAUAUUUGGAGAGCGCCAAUGAUUCCGAGCUCCUGCAAAGACGCCAACAGACUUGGGAAAUCAAAAAAGAGCUUGCAGCCUUGUGUGCACGAAGGGACGUCCUGGAGGAGAAACAUGUAAGCAAACCGCCCUCUUCUACGCAUUCUCAACAGCUAAUGCAGGAUUUACAGGGCCAAUCCAAAGACCUCCCAGGGCUACUGAAGGACGCCAAGCUUACUCUGGAAUAUUUGGCAGAAUUAUUCAAAGAUCCCGUAUCUGAAGAUGUCGACGUUAACCCAGACACCGUUGCCAAGCUGGGUAUCCUGGCUGAAAAUGCCCGCUCCGAACUAGAAGGCACGUCUGGACCAGCCAGCCUUUCCCCCAUUUCCCUGUCUCAGCAAGUCAAAGAAGCAUUCGUCGAUAUGCGUAAGCAUCCCUACCGGUUACAUGCGGCAUUCUUUCACCGCGGCGGUGCCGGCGGAGGUCAUUAUUGGGUAUACAUCUACGACCACAAAAAAGAGGUUUGGCGGAAAUACAACGACGACCGAGUGACAGUGGUGGAGAACCGGAAUGAGAUCUUCGGCAAACCAACCCAAGACAACUGGGGGCCUCCACCCAACCCGUACCUCCUGGUUUACAUCCAGGCCGACCGGAUCGACGAGCUGGCCGAAACGGUUAAGCGAGACAUCGUCUUUCCGGCACCUGAUCAGCCUCCCCCGGUACCAGCACGCAACCUCACCCAGAUGAGCGCCCUUCCACCCUCUGCUCAGGAAGGACGAGGAGAUGGAGACGUGGAAAUGGUGGAAAACGUCGAUAGCAGCAACAAUAACGAUAAUUGGGACAACGGUGGUGAGCAGGCCCAGAACCCCAUUCCGUCUUCACAACAACAGGCUUCGGAGGAGGGGCUCGAUUCUCAGCUAUCCAACCAACCAACAGCAAAGAAAGGAGACUGGGAUGAUUCGCAGCUGAUUACGGAUAGGCCGAUCAACUGGUGA